AUGGACCCCUACGCCAACGCCCAAUAUCACCAGCAAUACCAACAGCAGCAACAGGCUGCGUACGAUGUGAACCCAUACUACAAGCCAUAUCAAGGACCGUCUUACCCCAUUCCCGGCACGUCCUCCUCCCACAGCGCCCCUGUUCCCGCCAAUGCCUACGAGUACGAUGUUGGAAUCCUUGCGCAACAAAGUGUGUACGUCCCUGGUGCCAUGAUAGACAAACGAGGUGGAGCUGGCGGUAAACUUGCAAAGGGUGGAAAGCGUACGACUGUGCUGCGUAAAGGUGGAGGAAAGGUUUGGGAGGAUCAAACACUUUUGGAGUGGAAUCCAUCAUGGUUCCGACUCUUCGUUGGUGAUUUGAGCAAUGAUGUUUCUGACGAUGUUCUGGCGAAUGCUUUCAACAAAUACCCAUCCUUUACAAAGGCCCGUGUUAUCAGAGAUAGGCUGAGUCAAAAGGCCAAGUAUGGGUUCGUAGCCUUCUCGGAUCCUGAAGACUUUUUGAAGGCUUGGAAAGAGAUGGAUGGUGAGUACAUUCGUCCUACUAUCCAGCGCACGCUGACGAACUACAACACAGGCAAGUACGUUGGAAACCGCCCAGUUAAACUGAAGAAGGCGGAUAGCACUGCCAUCCGACCUGUUGAAAUUGGUCAUCGCAAGGCGAAGCAACUUGAGAAAGAGCUGAAGAAGAACCGACACAAGCCCUAUUAA